AGUCUGGAUAUACUGGAGAUGGAUUUAAUUGCCCAGAUGUUGACGAAUGUGUGUUAUCUUCACCAUGUAAUUCGGAUGCUAUGUGCAAUAACACACACGGAUCUUAUAUCUGCAUAUGUAAUUCUGGAUAUAUAGGAGAUGGAUUUAAUUGCACAGAUGUUGACGAAUGCCUAACAUCUUCCCCAUGUCAUUCCAAUGCUACGUGCAAUAACACAGAUGGAUCUUAUAUUUGCACAUGUGAUACUGGAUAUAUAGGAGAUGGAUUUCAUUGCACAGAUGUUGACGAAUGUGUCAUAUCUCCACAAUGUCAUUCCAAUGCUACGUGCAAUAACACAGAUGGAUCUUAUAUCUGCAUAUGCCAGUCUGGAUAUACUGGAGAUGGAUUUAAUUGCCCAGAUGUUGACGAAUGUGUGUUAUCUUCACCAUGUAAUUCGAAUGCUAUGUGCAAUAACACACAUGGAUCUUAUAUUUGCAUAUGUAAUUCUGGAUAUAUAGGAGAUGGAUUUAAUUGCACAGAUGUUGACGAAUGCCUAACAUCUUCCCCAUGUCAUUCCAAUGCUACGUGCAAUAACACAGAUGGAUCUUAUAUUUGCACAUGUGAUACUGGAUAUAUAGGAGAUGGAUUUCAUUGCACAGAUGUUGACGAAUGUGUAAUAUCUCCACCAUGUCAUUCCAAUGCUACAUGUUGA